AUGGGAGGUCCAGAGUACGUAUUCUACAAGACUAGAGGCGACAACCCCAGGAAGGGCGCGCGGGAGAGAGAGAGACAGUAUUACUACCACAUACACAAGGGCAAGAAGCAGCAGCCACCAAGCAGCCCAGUUGGCAGCGGCGGCGGCAGCAGCCCUGAAGACAGGGGGGGGGGGAGCAGCGGAGGGGUGGAAAAGGGAGAGAUCCCCUGGGUGCUGCGGUGGAAGCGAGAAGCCGAGGAGCAAGGGUCAGAGAACAGAGAGACAUGCCCGGAUGCCCAUGUGUUCGAUGCCGCCAAGCCAAAUAGGACGGAAAGAUCGGAAAUACACUACACCGUAGGCCAGCCACAAGCGCGCGGUGCUGGAACGAGGAAGAGGACGAAGCAGCCUGAGGCCGGAAAUAACGACGGCCUUUGCCGUCGCAACUGGGGGAUGAAUCUCGGCCUGAGUGCGCAGCAGGGCAGACGCAAAUGCGAGGGCCCCCCAAGCCAGAGUCGGAGAAUGGAUAAAAAGAAAAUGGAGGCUGUCUCCGAACUGGAGCACAAGGACGGGACCGACCACCGGAGAGCUGGAUCUUCCCGGUAUCACCUAGAACGCGUCACCAACUCGCCUCACCUCUACUCCCUCGACAACCCCACCCCCCUUCCCGGUGAAAUGCGAAUGCUUCAUUGGUAG